AUGGCCGCUGUACAAGAUUCCAGUAUCACAGAUGGUAAAACUACCUUCUUUCACCUCAAAAGAGAUGCCUAUAACAGCGUAAUGACAUCCCAAGUUACUAUAUCAGUUUUAUGUAAAUAUGACCCAAAAGGUCGCCACUCUAGAAAUGAAGAAUUGGAAAAAUUAGCAGAGAAACUCGACUCGCCUAACAAAACAAACAGAAAGAGUAAACAACCUAUUAGUGAAGAUGCUCAAGAGGAAAGCUCUUCUAGAGCCAAAAGUGCAGAAGCUAAUUCUCAGCAGAUAACCGAAAACGCAGAAGCAGAUACUGACCCAGAACCUGAAAACGCAGUAGCUGAAACCCAGAAUAGCACCACGGAACAAACUUUGAACGAUGACCAAGAUGACCAGAGCGUUUGCGAAGUAAUUUCUAGUGAUCAGGAAGACGAAGAGACCACUAAUAAACCAUCACGAUGGUAUUAUGAUACACUUUCUACUGCAAGCACUUGGUUAAAAAUAAACAAUCCUAUAUUUCAACAAUACAUGAAUAUACCUAGCAUUGACUCGCCUUCACUAUCAGAUCCAAUGCCGGUCUCCUUACCUUUAGCGCGACAAUCUCAAGAAAACUCCAACAAUAUCCUAACUAGAAACGUAUCUCAUAUCCCAGACAUUGUAAUCUCUAAUAAUGCAUUUCCUUCAGAAACACACAACGAAGACCAAAGAUAUAAAAGACUCAUAGCUGGAUUCAUAAAAUUAGAUGACUUAACUUUACCUAUAUCUUAUUGCGAUCCUGACCUAGAAGCAAUGAUUUUUCUCAAUCUAUUUCCAAUAGGAAAAG